GAAAUUUAAGAACCGAACAAUCGAUGAGAUACAAUUCCUUAAGAGACCCGGUGUAGAGUCCAGGGCCAUACAGAGGAACCAUGUUCUCCUUCUCAUCAUCAAUUACACCAAAGCCUUCCAACUGAUUACAACAUUCAAUGUACAGCACUUGAAUAUUGCAAUUGUUUUGGAGUAUUCUUAUUGGGAAGUAUAUAAGCUCCUCAAUAUUCACCAAAAUUAGAUGUGCAAGAAAUGUCUGGCUUCUCCCAACUGAGCAUACUAACUUGCUGUCGACCUUCACUAAUUUCAAUAACGUCAGAUAAGGAGAUGAAGGGAUUUCUGUUAAACGCUUGCAGCCUUUGAUAGUCAGUUUUUGAAGACAAGAAGGAUAUGAAUUACUUAGUUCUUCUAGAAAGAACAUAUCAGCAAGUUCGAGAUUCAGUAACGAAGGAAAUCCGCUAAUAUCCAAACUCUUCAAAGACAUUAAUUUGAGAACAAGAGAUCGAAGACUUCGAAGCUGCCCAAUAGAUGAUGGUAGUUGUUUUAUUCGAACGCAGUAUCCGAGUUUCAAUGUUACCAAAUCUGGAAGUGAAAAAUACUAUAACCCCCUACUAUAUGGGUUGAAUAUAGAUAAGCCCCAUAAAAUGGAUCCUUAUCUAUCAACUCCAUUCUUUCACAUUUUGAUAUUUCUAGGCCCAAAACUUUAGAAUUCAGGGCUUGUUAAUAAAUAAUUUUUUUAGUAAUACCAAACCUGCCCUUUUGUAUUUAUACUAAUAAAAUUAGCUAUAGAUUCCGUUUUUCAGUUCAUUUUUUUCAUUCUCUCUCUCAUUUGCUUUUACUCUCUCUCGGCUAGAAAAUAGGAAGAGGAGAAACAACUUCUAAUCGAGAUUUUCAGUAAAAUGUUUUUUCAAAAUUUAGAUCUAAGAUUUACAAACAAAGAUAGUGAUUACACCUAAAUUCAACAUCAACAUCACUUGUUCCUGGGAGAUACAGUGAAAAUCAAUGGAAAAGAAAUGAUAAUCAUCAACAGCAAAUGAAUCAGAAGAUUCACAUACAAAAUGAAAUCGAACAUUGUUUUGGAGUAAUGACAAUGGCUAGUUCUGGGGAUAUUGAAGAGAUUAUUUCAAAACUUUCAUCAGAUAAAGUUAAAACUCGAGAAGAAGGAAUUAAGCUGUUGAGUAAUUGGUUAGAAGGAGAAAGAUCGUUUGGAUUCUGCAAAAUUCUUAGUGGAAAUACUGCGAAACUCAAACCUAAUGAGAUUCCUCACUCAAAAACCUGGCCGUUCCUUAUUAGGGUUCUCAUUGGAUGUAUUUCGUCUGAGAUAUCUAUGAGCAAGAAGCGUCCACCAAAGCUGAUUUUUGCCAAAACUCUUCGGAUUGCGAUUCAACAGGCUGAGGAUACAAAAUUUUCAGGCAAGAUGCAGCUCUUAUUAUCCGUUGUCAAGUCACUGUUUAGUCACAUAUGGGAGGUCUUGAGGGAUGUUCCAAGCUACCAGUCUGAAUACGGGACCAUUCUCCGACAUCUUAUCGCAGUAAAAGAUUAUAGAUUUCAUAUGAGGAAGCGGGUUUAUUGUGGUCUAGUUCUCUUGUAUUUGGGGAAGGUGGAAACUUGUUUAGAUGGAAAAAGAAACAUUCAAUCUAACCCAAAAGAGGAAGUGUUUCGCUGCAUCCUGACAUUGCACUCCUUACUAGAAAAUCCUCCUGGGGAUUUCCCAGAUAAUCUUCGAAAAGACAUUGUGAAGGGGUUUGUUGGGAUUUUCUUGCACAUAAGGGAUGAGGGGAAGAUCUCUCGUAAGCUUAUUGAAUGCAUUAACACAUACUUGUGGAAGAAUGGCCCCAAUCUGGAUUCUGAGCCAAUGGAAAUCCAUUCUGCUGUGCAAGAAUUUGUAUUUCGUUGUUGGCUCACAACUCAUGAUCGUGCUCUAAAGGAUGCACUUGUCCUUUAUGCAACAUUGCAGUUAAAAUUAAUCAGAACUGCUGCUGACGGGGGUCAUCUGGUAGAACAACUUCUAGAUAUUGUUGGCAAGGAUUUAGAUCAAAGCAAUAUAGCUAGCUCUGCAGUUCUAUGGGGUGACACAUGUAGGGAUGAUAAGCCUGGAAUGUUGACGAACUUACGUUGCGGUCUCUUGGAGCUUGCUGCUUCUCUAUUUUACAGGGCAUGUGUAAAUAUUGGUAUAUCCAAGGCAUCAAAUUCUGAGAAACGACCUAGAAGGGAGGAUGCUGCUACCCGUCUAAGACAGGGUCUGAUUAUGGUUUUAGAUAACUUCAUAAAAGCUAAUUGCUUAAACGUGGUAAUGGUCUCGCUGGAA